AUGCGGAGAGUCAACCCGACUUUCUUCGAACUGUGCCUUCCGUCGAUGCGCCCGGAUGUGUACAAGUUGAAGGCCGUCUCGCUCCUGGACGGGUACGACACUCUGGGGCGGCCCGUCUGCUAUUUCUCCGCGGAUUUUCAACCAACAAGCAUUACCAACUGUCAGUUCAUUCAACUGAUCGUCCACCUCCUCGAUUUCCUGAUGAUUGACCCGCGCAUGCAAAUCUCAGGUGUCACCAUUCUGGUGAACCUGGAUAAGCAGACUAUUGGGCACGCGAAACUCAUAACUAUUAAGUUUCUCAAGCUAAUGUUGCAGAUUUUUCAGAGUGGAAAGAGUACAACCUCAACGUGCCCGACAGUGCCAGCCUUCGUCAUUCUUUUUUCUCCCGUUCGUCCCGCUCGUCUCGCCCGUCGCGGGCUUCGCACUCGUCCGCCUGACGAAAGCGAGCCGGCGCAGUCCGGGGGCUCGCUGGCCCACGCCUCUACGCGCGUAAAGCCUCCUCCGAUCAUAAAAGCUCAAUCAAAAUUAACCCUCUGCAUUCCAAGCUCUAAAUGUAAUGCUGAACACUAA